AUGCUUCUUCCCUUAGUUCCUGAAUAUUUUUCUCCUAAAGUGUUAGACUUUUUAUCAGGAAUGGGAUUCACAAUGCUAUCUUUUGAUUUUUUAAAGCUCAAUCAUAUUCCAUUUAUCGCGUAUAUUACUGAGUGGGAGUCUUAUUCACAACCUGAUGAGUACCUUCAUAGCCUUGGGAUGAUCUCAGUAAGUUCUAUUCUCAACCAUCUAUCAAUAAUAGGAUUUCUGAUCCUAAUUGGAAUCAUUCAUUUUUGAGUGCUUCUGACAUCCAAAUGAACUCAAAACUCGAAGCAUAUGAAAUGCAAGAGUUUGAUUUCAAGACUUUUCCGCUAUUUCACUUUUAACAUUUACAUAAGGAUCUUCAUGCAAAGUAUUAUUUUCACUGCCUUAUGUAUCUUUUCUGAAAUUUACACCCUCAACUUGGACACAAUAGCAAAGAAAAUAUCCUUUGGGUUGUGAGUAAUCCUUACUUUAUUAACAGCCACAUUUUAUAUUCUCUCUUUUUACAUGUAUAAGAAAUCAUUUCAACAACAAAAUGAAGUAGAGCCUUCAAUGUGAGAAGAGUUCUUCAAUGGAAUAAAGAUGAAGAAGUACUCUAAAUUAUAUGCGAUUCUUUUUCUUUCCCUUCGGUUAUCUCUUUGCUCAGUAGUUAUAUUUGGAAAAUCUAUGAAUACUUCCCGAAAAUCAACUUUGUUCUAUCUUCUAAACAUCAGCUAUUGGAUCUUCCUAUUUUUGAUCAGACCUUGCGCAAAACUCCAAGAUAACAUUCUCGAAGUCAUCAACCAACUCCUAUUUUGAAGUCUCAGUGUUCCUUUGACGUGGCUCAAUACAGAAAACUCCUGGACUACAUUUUAUGAAGGAUUUUAUACCUCAGUACUGAUGGCCUCUCCCAUCAUUGGAUGACUCGUGUGACUAAUAUUCAUGGGUAAGGAAAUACUUUCCUAUUUUCUUUCAAAGCGAACCAAAAAGCCCCCCUCUGUAAUCCCCAAACCUCCCUCAUUCCCCCAAAAUCACCAAGAAGAGAGCAAAAUAGGCCCUCCCUCCUACCCCUCUUUCCCUAGACCCUCCCCAAGCAUCAAUAACAGCCACUCAGUAGCCACACAGAACAGAAUAAAACCCCCUGCUGCUCAUAGAACCAACGAAAGAAUCUCCAAAUUAAGAAGAGACAGGCUCUUUGAUCAUGCUAAUUAGGCCAAAAUUGUGCUGAGAAUUUUAGUAAAAAAUGGGGUUUUAGUAGGACUGAAGAAUUAGCUUAGAUUCCUAUACUUAUAUGAUUAUUUCAGCCUUCUGAACGAAGUAGAAAUACGCGAUUAUAGAUGCGGCAUGUACAGUUUCUGGCCUUUAUGUUGUAUAAUAACAUGGGUCCUGAUAUAUUUAUUACCAUCAAGUCCUUGGAAUAAUUCAUGCAUGCUGAUUAUCUCACCCACCACUAACGCGUUGCUCGCGUUUAUAGGGAUUAUAGCAAUUUUAACAAGAUGGGAUUGAAUGAGCCAGAACUAUAAAUAUUUAGGUUACAUUAUAUACCUCAUUUUAUGUAUCUUACUUCUUUGUAUUCACAUUAUUUUAUUGGUGCACUAUGUUAAAGAUAAGAGAAAGAGGCCUAAUGGACAAGCAGAGAUGACAUAGAAAUUUAUAGUGUAAUCCAU